UCCGUCUGCACUACUCUCUCUCUCUAGGUCUGGAUGCUUUUUCCUGAUGAUCCCUCCUCCCCACCAUCCGAUUGAUCCGAUGGCUUGCAGCUCAGGUGACUGACACAGCGGAGCAGCGAGUGGAGGAACGUGAGAGGGAAGCCUCUAGCCCUAUGUGAACAAACAAACUUACAAGAGCAAAUUCGGAACUGAGUAAUCAGACAUUAUCCUCUGUAGUUUAAAUCGAGCUGAUCCGCGCUUUGUAAUAAAACUUGACGUACGAUCUCUUGGCAACAUCUGCCCAAGAUCAGAUACUCCUUUUGACAUCUGUAGUUUGUAUAAAAGCAUGUACAGUCUAUUAUAAGAUGGCAGCCAGUGGUGAUCAUAUAUAUAAUAUCCUGCAAAGCUUGAGGGCCAGGUUCCCAGAGGUAUCGGAUGACGACAUCUGGAGGGUCAUGACACAGAAUCAAAAUGAUUUUAAUGCUUGCUACAACACUUUGCAAAAAGAACGAGAAAAUCGGCACUAUUAUGGUUCGGGCCAAAGGACUAUGACGACCUCUGCUGUGGAUCUUCGAGAAAGACAAAAUGAUAAUGGCAUCCAAAGCACAACGCAGCAUCCAAAACAUCGUUACAGCGAACCAAAUGUGCAAUAUCAGAGGAACAUCUCGGAGGCCACUAUACAUCUAGAACAGCAGCAACGACCAGUCUCUGCACCGCCUGACAGAUCUAGUUUCAUCCUACAGUAUCCAUUACAGCAAUACAUCAACCAAACACCCAAUCCAACUCCUGUACAUUAUUCUACACCAUACAAUACAAGGAUCACACCUCCAGCACGUUCAUACUCAACUUCCGCAAGUCUAAUGAUGAACCAGCCAGAUCAUCAUCCCACUCAACACUGGACAGAUCCGCAACAGCGGUACGCUACAACUAGCAAUAACAACCAUCAGUAUAAUAUCAGUUCCACUUCACCGUCUCAAGUAAAUAACAUGGUGUCUUCUAUUCAUUAUGUUACAUCGAAUAAUCUACCAUCAACUCCAGCUUCCAGUAGAUCUAAUGCAUUGCUUCAUCAUGCGCUUACAAGCCCGGAGCUUGGGAGGAGGCAGAUGUAUCCAAGACAGUUAAAUUUAAUGGCGACUCCUAAUGAUCAUGGUCCUGGAACACCUCCACCCAUUAAACCUAUGAUGUCACCAGCAUCUAGUCUCAGCUCCCUUACAGACAGUCCUGAAGUGAAACCAGAUUUAAAACAGCCACCAUUGCCACUCACCAAAGAACAGGAGGACUUUGCAUACACACAAGCCUUGCUUCUUCAUCAGAGGAUGAGGUAUGACAGAUUAAGUAAAGACUAUAAGGAAGAGAAAGAAAACCUUGAAAUGUUAAAGCAAGAAGUUGAAUCGAUGGAAAAACAACUGGGAGAAAAACGAGCAAACAAAUCAGCAGUUUCUACUUCGGCAAAAACAGUAACAAAACUUUCUGAGCAGAACAGGCAACUUGAAAUCGACAUAAAAUGCAUGACACGCGAAAUUGAGCUACACAAGAAUCAAGGUAAAUACAGCGAUGGGUUUUAUCAAAACAUUGGUUAUACCGGUGCACCAGGACCAGUCCAACCCGGACAACCAGACCCCCGUGCAAUUCUUCCAAAUUUUCAAGUACCAAGGGUGCGUGAAGAUGAGGGAGGCAGUGAUUGGUUGUUAGUGGAACAGAACGAUGAUCAACAAUGGAGCUGUAACGCUUGCACUUUUCUUAAUCAUCCCGCCCUCCACAAAUGUGAAACAUGCGACUCGCCACGUGGUCCAUAAGUGAAUUGUUUUUGUAUAUUUUUUUUGGCAAGCAAUGAUACAGUGCCCCCCCCCCCACAUAGUAAGUUGGCUGCUAUAAUUGGAAUAAGGUUUAAUUUAUUCACAUGGACUAUCUUCACCCAGAAGUGUAAGUGUGUAGCCAGUGGUAACAUUCAGUGCCAAGCACCGAUCAUUCUGGUUAUAGCAUGGUAUUCUCCAGCAGUGGCAUCUUGGAGUAUUGACAUGGGGGGAAGGGGCUGGUGGGUGGCAUGAAUGUUAAAUUGGGGACAGAUUGAUGGUUAAGUGAGGUGCUUGUUAUUAUUAUUAUUAUUAUUUAAUAAGAGAUUUAUACCAUGCCAAUUCAAAAUGGCAGCAAAUGAAAUAUAAUCUAAACUAAAAUAAAAUAAAUUGUAUUUGACUCUGUGGUUUGCUUGGUAGUAUAAAGUGUUAUAAUUUUCAGUCUUGGUUAAGGCCGAUAAUAGUUUUCGCUGUUAACGUACAAUUAAUAUAUAUAAAAGCAUACAGUGUGUAUAUAAUUUAAUCGUAAUUAUGAAUUCAUACGCCAAUUAAAUGUUCCAUUUUAUUAUUUAGUGUUCAAACUUUUAAUUUAGUAAUAGCUAACAAUAAUGAUCUAUCCAAUUGUAUCACUUUACACAAUGGUUGUACAGUGCAGUUUAAUAUUUGCAACAGUAUGUAAAUAAUUUUUAAAAGGUAGAUUUAUCGAUUGAAUCCCAUGCUUUUGGCAAAUCAAGUAAAAUUGCCAAAAUGAAAUACAGAUUAAAAAUAUGAUUAAUCAGGGAGAUCAGUCUUAGAAAUUGUGGUUAUCAGAAAAUAUUGAAGGUUAAAUAUUAUAAUGAAUACCUUUUGCAGAAAAAAAAAUUGUUUUUAGAGGCCUUAUUUGCCACAUGAAAAUGAGAAAGUAGAUGAAUUUCCAAUAUAUAUAAGUUCCAUAUAGAAAUUUCUUUAAGUAAACCAAAUACUCACUGUUAUUUUAUAGAUGAAAGUUUUGCCCAACUCACAGUUAUGCUUUGUCAGAUAGAUGUGGUUUGUUUAUUGUUGCUCCAGACGUUGCUGGGUCUUAUGUAUUGAUACACUUCAGUUGUUUUCAGAAAUUUGUCGUAAAUGUGUGAUAAUUGGUGUGAGCAUUGGUCUCGAUUCUGAAAACAACUGAAGUGUAUCCUUACAUAAGUUCCACCAACGACCGGAGCAACAAUAAGCAGACCACAUCUAUCUAACCAAGCCUGACUGACAGCUGGGCAGAGCUGUCAUCUACAAAAUAACAGUGAAUUUUGGCUUACUUCGAAAAAUUUCUAUAUGGAAACCAGGUCAAUUAUUUAGAAUUUUGUUAAUUUUUUUAAAUAAGUCUUCUGAUAAAUCUGAAGCGAUAGUGUCCGUGAUCCAAACAUUGGGACGCAACCCAUAUUAUAGGUUGCGAAAUGCUGUGUUAGACACAUGUAAAGUAGUACUGUACAUAUCUAAAUAGAGUUAGGUGCAGUUACACAACCAAUAACAGGAUACAAAAUUCAGGAUGUUUCAUUUCAGCAGGCAUAGAAGGAUGAUUGUUCUGAAAUAGUUUUGAUGAUUUUUUGUUAAGUUUUUAUUUUUGUUUUAUUAAUAUUGAUGAUAAUGUUAGUACAGUAUUAGUAAUUAUGAUGAUGGUAAUACUAAACUUAAUGAUAAUUAUGUUAAAUAAUAUUAUAGAGAAUGUGUUAGAGAAUUUGAUAUAUGUUGGUGUCAAAUCUGCAAUAAGGCUUCUCCUGUAUUGUCUGGGGGUGGGUGGGGGGAGGCUGGUUUGGAGUUAAAUAGCCCAAUAUAUGUCGUCAUUAUUUUUUAUUGCUCUGGACUUGUAGCAAUAAUGCUAUUUUUUCUAUUCAUUUUUUAAAGACUUAGAUAACAAAAUGUUUCAUUAUUUUAUUUUUAAAAGGAACAGCAAUGGAUUAGAUGAUCUAGUGCAAUUCAAAAGGAAAUUUGAAUUGUCAGCUGCACAGACAGUUGUGUAGGUGAGGGUGUGUGUGUGUGUAUUUGUGGGGUUGUGUGUUAUUAUGUACAUUAGUAUUGUAAUUCAUAACUUGAUAGCCUUAGUAUAAAUAAUCAACAAAUAUUAGGAAUAUUUUGAAUAGAUAUUAGAAUUGAAUAAAUGCUUUCAUUUUAAACCAUAUUUUUCUUUAAUUGUAUAGAGCAAGUAUUUUAGAGUAUCAAAUAUUUUGAAAUGACUGUUAAAUAAUGUUUAUCAUAUUAUAUUUUCUUUUAUAUAAACAAUAUCAUAUCAUUCUAAAUGUAUGAUAAGGUGCUAUGUAUUUUUUUUGAUUUGUCACCAAGUGAUUUAUAAAUGCACCAUAGGUACAUAAUUUGUUUGACUAAUUAAUAAGAGAGGAUCAUAAAUGCAGAUAACUCCACUAGCCUAAGGCAUAUUGUGCAGAGCUACCAUGCAACCAAUGUUCACGGAAUGAUCUUCCAAGAAGGUGUGCAAGGGUGUUGCACAUUCCUUAGUUCCAACCCAUUGGAGCUGGACAUGCAGACAAUACAUCAAAUCAUCUCUAUCAGGGGUGGAUCCAGAGUUUUUCAAACGGGGGAGGGGGAAAGGCACACAACAUUUUUAGAAUAGAUAAAUGUGUAGCACUAAUUUCAAUACAUAACAUUGAAAUGUUAAAAUUUAGUGUUAAAAUGGGGCCCCUAAUGGAUCCGUGCCAGUCUAUGGUCAAACUGUGGGCAUCAGAUGGGUAUUUGCUAUCGCCCAGAAUCUCAGUGGGGCAGUAAUAAUCUGCUGUAGCCAUGGUUGGAACAUAGAUGUAUUUCAAUUUUAGAAAAUUGGUCGGUUUCGAUUUUAGUCAAUUUUCGUAGUUAUUAGAUUUGUAGAUCGAUUAUUUUCACGUUAUUAAUAUUAAUCUAUUCAAAUGUAAAAUGUAUAGAUUUAACUCUUUUUUUUUUUAGAAAUA